AUGGAUUUCAAAGGAAGUUUGGAGCAGGUCGAGAUGGCCGAUCACUCGACGGGCUCAGCAACUGAUGACUUCAGCUUCACACCACGCGAGCAGCGGAAGAUCGUGCACAAGAUUGAUAGGCGGCUUAUCACUGGCUUGGGAUUGCUAUUUGGGAUCAGUCUGGUUGACCGGACUAAUCUGGGAAAUGCAUCAAUCGCAGGCAUGCAAAAGGAUCUUGGCUUGGAGAUUGGGUCACGCUAUUCCCUUGUUGUCCUGAUUUUCUUCGUCCCGUAUGUUAUAUUUCAGUUGCCGAGCUCGAUCAUCGUCCGCAAGCUGGGUCCUAAGGCUUUCCUUGGGGGAAUCACAUUUCUCUGGGGCGUUGUGAUGAUGUGUUUCGGUUUCAUCCACAACUGGAAGGUGAUGCUGGGAUUGCGCGUCAUUCUAGGAACAUUUGAAGCGGGCCUAUUCCCUGGCGCAGUCUAUGUACUUUCACUGUGGUAUACUCGAUGUGUUUGCGUACUAUCAGACGAUGUCCACAAACGCUACUCCUCCUUCUACCUGAUUAGUAUAGUCGGCUCAUCCCUCACAGGCAUCCUCGCCUACGGCAUCUCACAAAUGGGCGGACUGGGUGGACUACAAGCCUGGCAAUGGAUCUUCGUUAUUGAGGGUCUUCUCACAUGCGUCAUCGCUGUCAUCGGAUAUUUACUUCUCGUGGACUUGCCACAAGAUGCGCACAAAGCACGACAUUUCCUGUCGCGGCAAGAAAUCGACUUUGUCAUUCACAAAAUUGACCAAGAUCGCCAUGAUGCCAAAGACGAGCCUUUCACAUGGUCUGCGUUCCUUAUGCCGGCGCUGGAGUGGAAAGUUUGGGGGUUUGCAAUGAUCUUCCUGUGUAGCACCGUCGUCGCCUACUCCUUGGCCUUCUUCUUGCCUAUCAUUCUAUCCAGUAAGAUGGGCUUCGGCGUCGGACCAUCGCAGGCUCUGACUACACCGCCAUACUUCUUCGCAGCUAUCACAAUGUACACCGAAGGCUGGUUGGGCGACAAAUGGCGGAUCCGCAGUCCGAUCAUCGUCUAUAACGCCCUACAAACAAUCAUCGGUCUGUGUCUACUAGAAUGGGCAGCCCAACCCGGAGUACAAUACUUCGGCGUCUUCCUCGUCUGUGCUGGUUGCAAUGCCACGAUCCCUGCCGUACUGGCAUGGCAGGCGAACAACAUCCGAGGACAGUGGAAACGAGCCUUUUGCAGCGCCAGUCUGAUCACCUCAGGGGGCAUGGGCGGUAUCAUCGGAGCGCUGGUUUUCCGAUCUCAGGACACACCAAAGUAUUUGCCCGGCAUCAUUGCGUCGAUUAUGCUAACGGGAGAAUCGGGCAGAUGCAAUGGUGUGAUUCUUAUAGUCACCGGGCUUCUUACUGUAUACAUGCACUCUGCUAAUCGAAAAGCCAGACAGGGUCGGCUGGAAAUCGAGGGAAUGCAGGGAUUCUACUACACGCUGUAA